CGCCAUCCCCGCCAUGCUGCGGAAACUCACCGAGGGCCAGAGCCGGGACUGGUUCACCGUCGGCGGGGCCGUCACUGCCGUCGAGCUCCUGGGCGAGGAAGCGCGGGUCGGCCGCCCUGGCGCUUCUCCCCGCCAUCCCACACAGCAGCCACUGACGGGACUACCUAUCUCAGAGAACAUUGGAACUGAACAUGCUAAAAAAUACAGACAAACAGAAGAACAAGAGCUGAAUGUAGCUGGAAAUGGUCAGCUUGUCUAUAAACCAGGUACUUCAUUGUCUCAGUGUGAACCAAGUGAUUCAAUUUCUGUACCAAUAAGUAAGUGUAAACAUUUGGAUAUGCCUACAGCCAAACACAGGGAAAAGAUAGUGUCUCUCAUACAAAACAACUCAGUUGUGGUUGUGGAAGGAGCAACUGGCAGUGGAAAGAGCACCCAGAUUCCCCAGUAUAUUUUGGAUUAUUGCAUGAGCCGGUCUCUGCCCUGCAACAUUGCUGUGACCCAGCCUCGGAAAAUCAGCGCCAGCAGCCUUGCCAGGUGGAUUAGCAAGGAAAGGUCAUGGAGGCUUGGUGGAGUUGUAGGAUACCAGUUAAGUUUAGAGAACGUUUCGACAAAGGAGACAAGGUUGCUGUACAUGACAACUGGAGUUCUUCUUCAGAAAAUCGUUUCUGCCAAGAGCCUAACUCCGUUCACACACAUUUUCAUUGAUGAAGUGCAUGAGCGUACAGAAGAAAUUGAUUUCUUGCUCUUGGUGACCCGUAAACUGUUGUGUACAAAUUCACAGUCUGUAAAGAUAAUAUUGAUGUCUGCUUCCAUCAACUCUAAAGAAUUAGCUGAUUACUUUGCACUUCCACUUCAUAAUGGUUUGAAUCCAGUCUGCAUAUUUAAGGUGGAAGGCAGACCUUUUGCAGUUGAAGAAUACUAUCUUGAUGAUUUGAAGGACAUUUUUGAUUUACAGUUUCAUCGUGAGAGCCUUGGGGAACCAGUGAUAGAACAGAAAAUGUACCAAGUGGCAGUGUCUCUGAUUCAGUCAUUUGAUGAGCUGGAAAAGAGCAGUCGGGAGAAAAAGAGCUGGAGUGGUACAUUGGAACGUGGCAGCGUGCUUGUGUUUUUGCCAGGUUUAGGUGAAAUAAGAUACAUGCAUUCAUGCCUCUCAGAUAAAUAUCAAAGGUGGCAAGUCUACCCACUUCAUGCAUGUGCAACAUUGGAGGAACAAAGUAAAGUAUUUUCAGCUACAGUUCCUGGCUACAGAAAAGUUAUCCUGGCUACCAAUGUAGCUGAGAGCUCUGUAACAGUUCCUGAUGUUAAGUAUGUGAUAGAUUUCUGCUUAACUAAAAUUUUGUUUUGCGAUAAGGAAACUAAUUACCAAAAUUUGAGGCUUUGCUGGGCAUCUAAGACAAACUGUAAUCAAAGAAAAGGUCGUGCUGGACGUGUUUCCAAAGGCUAUUGUUACAGGCUCAUACGCAAGGACUUCUGGGCAGACUGUAUUCCAGAGAAGUCAGAACCUGAGAUGCUGCAUUGUCCAUUAGGAUCUACAGUCUUAAAAUUAAAGAAGCUUGAUAUGGGGGAACCAAAAGCCUUGCUGGCAACAGCUCUUUCUCCACCCAGUGUAGCUGACAUUGAACGUACAAUACUUCAGCUGAAAGAGCUUGGAGCACUUACAACCUCUGUGCGAACAGAAGAUAAUCUGCAUGAUGGUGAGCUGACUUUCUUGGGAACGAUAUUGACACAGUUGCCAGUGGACCUGCAUCUUGGAAAACUGAUAGUCCUUGGGCAUGUCUUUGGUUGCUUAGAGGAAUGCCUCAUUAUAGCUGCAACACUGUCUUCGCGGAAUUUUUUUGCAGUACCUUUCAAAAAGCAUGUUGAUGCAUACAGGAAAAAAAUGUUUUUUGCUGGGAAUAGUAGGAGUGACUGUAUUGCAAUUCUGAAUGCAUUUAGGGCAUGGCAGGCCUUCAAAGAAAAAGGGAAGCUGAGAAAUCCCAAGGAAGAGCUUGAGUGGGGUCGAUCUAAUUGUGUUCAUAUAAACAAGAUCAAAGAGGUGGCAGAGUUAUUUCACAACUUGAAAAGGAGAGUCAGUGCAUUUAACAUGCAUGUUAAAGCUCAGCCAUCUCCUGUGGACGAGGAAUAUGUGUGCAAACAACGCUUCAUCUUGCAGGUGGUAAUAGCUGGUGCUUUCUAUCCGAACUACUGUACUUUUGGAAAAUAUAAUGAAGAAAUUGCCAUGAAAGACCUUGCUGGCAAGGAUCCAAAAACCACUGUAAUGGAGGUUUUUAAGGUUCUUCCUGAAGUGUACCUGGCAGUCAAGAUGUCACAGCUGAAGAUUCCUUUUGAGCUGUGUGUUCAUCAUCCAGAGGAUAUCAGAAGACAAGUGCAAGGUGCAGGAGCUGCAGGUUUGGAAUUUCUAAGAGUAAAUGUGGAUUGUCAGAAGCAGACAGUGGAGCCUGUGAAAAUCUUAUUUGGUGAUUUACAAAUGUCAAAGAUGAUCCCAAGUCGUUUUCUGUCCAUCAGGGUAACGGAGGUAGUAGAAGUUGGACACUUCUGGGGUUACAGGACAGAUGAAAAAAACACAGCCGUACUCCGGGCUCUAAGUGCUGAGAUUGACUAUCAGAACCUGAUGGAUUUAGCAGUGCCUCCCUGUGUAGAUGUGCUUUGUCUGGCACCAUUCACUUAUCUGGGAAAGAGAGGAUACUACAGAGCUCACGUUCUGUAUGUUCAUGGGGAUCUUGCUGAGGUUUUUUUUGUGGAUUAUGGCAAUAGAUCAGAAGUGCCUUUAAAUAAACUAAAAGAGAUUCCAAGGUGUCUUCAGGGCCUUCCUUUCCAGGCUUUAGAGUUCAAGAUCUGCAAGAUGUGUCCCUCUGCCAGAUCCCUGGUGUGUGGGGAGCCGUGGAGCUGCAGUGCCAGCCAGAGAUUUGCCUCUCUGGUCAGCGGCUGCACUCUGCUGGUGGAGGUUUAUUCCCUCGUGCACGGCGUGCUGCACGUGGACGUGUUCCGGCACUCGGGCCGCAGGGGCCUGGUGAACAUUCGGGACGUGCUCAUCGAGGAGUGUCACGCUGACCUGGCAGAGGAGUCACACGAGUCACAGCAAAGCCAUGAUUUGCUCAAGGAAUUGUUUUUGGAUGGAGCAAAGAAGGAAGAGCAAAUGCCUGUAUCUGCAAGACAGGAAGAAAAGUGUCUCAUUGAAAAAUUGUUGAACUCCUUUUCUGAAAAGAAAUCUGAUGCACCAACCCAUAAGGUAACAGUUUUUGGUCCGUUCAGUCCUUACCAGUUGAAAUGCUACAGUCUGACCAAAAUAUCCCAAUUCAGAAAUGUUUUCAUACAUAAGGACAGCAUAAACUCCAUUGUUGUCCAUGAUGGUGCAGAAGAUCCCUUUCAGCAGCUCUUGGUCGCCACUGAUGUAUCAGUAACUGCAGCUGGGUGUGUGGUUUUAGGUGAAACAUCUUUGAUGCCUCCUAUUCAUGGCCUGCUUGCACUCCUCAGUAUGCUGUUUGCUCCUGCAAUAGAACUCAGAGUUGAUAAAAGUGGGAAGUAUUUUACUGGUGUUCUGUGUGGUUUGGGUUGGAGUCAGACAUCUGGGGCUCCACUGUUUCCAGCAAAUGAUAUGGAGGUGACAUUUGAUGUGCAUUUUGGACUGGAGGACAUAACAGAGAUAAACAAUCUGAGGACAGCCAUGAAUAAGCUGCUCUGUGAGCAAGCACUGCAUUCUGGACAAGAGCAAGUGGCACAGCUGCAGGAGGAUAUUCGUCAGAAGCUUCUAUGUUUAAUCUGCAAAUCAAAGCCUCGAGACAUAAUUGAUCCUAUCUGGUAUGAGAAGCCAUAUGCAUGGAAUCAGGUGGAUUCUCAGUGCAUUAUUGACGAGUCUGAAAAGCAGCAUGGAAGAGGAAAUCUUGUUUAUCAGCUCCACAAGCUUGUUUUGUUGAAUGAUUAAGUAUUUCUAGAAGUCUUUCAGAGGACGAGGUAUUAUUAGUCUAAAAAUCAGUUACGUCUUGUAUGCAUGUUUUGCAAGGCUGUUCCUUAACGUGAGUACAGGUGUACUGAAAUACAGUUUGGAAAAUGUUCCUGUGUUUCUGAAAAAGCUGAUUUGCUAGCUGGUUUGCUAGCCUAGAGAAGACGAGUUCAGUCAUAAAAGAAACUGAUGUAAAUCAGGAUGCGAUUUUCAUUUUAAUAGUACUUCAAACAGGUUUAUCACAAGGUACACAAAAGAUUAAGCAAAUCUAGGCUUAGUUGUUCAUUUUCUGUCUAAAAACUCAUAAGUUAAGGGGCAUUACUUUUUUUUUGGUCCAUAAUUGCAAGUUGCAUUUUCCUGUUUUCUUUUUUAUCAGUUCUUAACCCCAACUUCCUUUGUUGCAUUUUUUUUUCCUUAACCAAGAAAUAGAAUUCAGAAGAAACUGAUGAUCUAAAUUAUGCUCUGAUCCAAACUAUAUCUUCAUAUACUGGAUACAAUUUUUUGUUAAUUUUUUUGUAUAGCAAAACAUAACAUGAUUUAUUUUCCUGUAUGGCAGAAGAAUGCUUUUGAAUUACUGAUUCAUGGCACUUUGUUUCAUCCUUUCAACUUACUUUUACCUGGGAGAUCUUUAGCCCUAAAAAUGAGGUCAGUGGUUUCAGAA